GAAAGGACGAUGAUGCAAACAGCGGCGAAGGCGGUCCGGCAACGCUGGCCUGUGGCAGCGACCGUCACUGCGACUGCAACUGCGUUAGCGCUCGCAGGACUCCAAGCGUACGGCGGCAAGUCGCCGGUCAAGGCCAAUGACACAGCGACACCUAGAGCGUUCGAAGGCAGCGCCGCACUGACGUCGUCUGCGAAUCCCAAUGCGCCGCCAUCGCCGGUGCAAGCCGCCCGGCCACGCCGCGCGUCGCUCGUGCAACUUGACUACUUUCGCUUCCUGCUCAUCCCCGUGUUUUUCGGGCUCAUGGGCGCCGUGCUCGCCGUCGCCAACUAUUUUGACGCGCUCAACCGAUCGCAUUACCCUUCACUGGCAGACAUGGUGUCGCGCUGCAUUCUCUGGGCCGUCUUUGCUCUUCAGACCUUGACGCUCUGGCCGCUCCUGACGCGCACGUCACGCUUGCGGUCGUUCCGCGCCAACCUUCUGCUCAAAGCAGCGCAUUCUCGCAAGCUCUCCGUGUACUUUGGCCUGCAAAACGCCAUCGUUGCACUGACGGUGUGGCUUCCGUUUGCUGUGCUGGCAUUUGAAGCGUAUACCGAGAUGAUUCAAGUCUCUACACUUCAGCUCUACGCGUUGCUGGCGGUCGUCAACGCGCUUCUAGCCAGUGUGCAAAAGCACAUUUACACCCUCAUUCAGCUCAACCCAGAACUGUGCAUUCUGUGACCUCACGAGCCUACAUUUGACCAUCUCUGUGAUGCACAUACGGCUGUGCUGGGUCUAUUUAACGUCAAGAUGAACGCGAUGACAAGCCCUUUCUCACAAGUGGUGUCUCUUUGCAUGACAACAGCAGGGAAAAUAGGGCGAAGCGACUUAUUCGCGGC